AAGCACCCCAUAUAUGGUUUAAACCCAACCCGGUUAACCAACCCUGCCUAACCCGACUCGGGUUUGGUUUGAACUGUACUCGAAACGCUAUCUCGUUCUUGGUUGUUCCUGAUUGUUCCGAGAGAGGUCUCCACGGACUUUCCUGCCGCCGUUGAAUGUUUGGAUUUGUUCAAAUUAUAAUCGUGCCUGUUUUGUCGCUUGUGCAGUGUGAAAGUUUCGUGCCGUGUGUCGCAGAAUGGCUGUCAGCGCGUCCUUCCAUCGAAAUGUUAUUUUAUUAAAUCAAUUGGUCCCGCCAGAUCAUGAUUUUAAGAAAAUCUUUCGCGAGGGAAUGUUUGAUAAACCAAAUACUACAGGAUUUAUAUACGUUUCACACUAUCUGCUGACGAUAUACGACGCUGAGCGUUUUAAAAAGCUAGUCGAAUGGCCAGUAAUUUGUAAGAAGACAGAAACAAAGUAUCGUAACAAUGUCAAAGACUACUUGAAUGUUAUUGCGUUAGAGAAUUCUGAUAUGGAAUUCCCACGUGUAGUCACUACGUAUUUACAUCACGCAAGUGGUACUAAGUUUAUGAUUAUAAUGUGGAAACUGUCUCAGCUCGCAUUGAAGACAUAUAUUAUGCAUGACGGUGAACAUAAAAUUGUAUUUGCACCCAAGUCAGGUCUUGCAAGUGAUUUAGUUAAAACAUAUCUACAGCAGUCCAAAGCAAAUGUCACUUGUGAUGUAUUGAGUCGCCACAGAAAUUGCGUACAAAUGGAAAAAGCUGCAAAUUUUGCAUUGGCAGAGGAGAGAGAACAUCUGGCUAAAAUUAAAGCGGAAUUAUUUGACAAGAAACAAUCUUUAGUAAAAUGCGCAUCUACAGCUCCUGUUGCCGAAUCUAUAAAGCAGAAUUUGGCAAAUGUCGAAGAUGCAACAAUUAUAUCAAUGUGGAAAAGUAGUUUAGACGAAAGUAUACAAUAUAUACGAAAACGAAACGCAAUAUUGAAUAAUCUAGAAAGAGUGUGCGAAAACACAAAUGGCAUAAUAUCGAAUGUAUUGAACGAUGCAAAAGCACUGGAUAGCAAGCAGCUGGAAAAAAUUGAUUGUUCUCCGAUAUCGAAAUUACCAUUCCCACGUGACGUUCAGCAUUGUCUUUAUCACUUGUAUAAUGAUAACAAAUUGGUAUAUCAUAAUUUUAUGCGCCUGCUCACUUUGAUACUAUAUCAAAUAUAUCAAUGCCUGAGAAAGGAAAAUUUAGUAGAUUUAUCGCAAUGUCUUUUGCAAGUGAAAGCAAGUGCAGAAGAUAUGAAAUCCAUGUAUAAUGUAUUACAAACUUUCUUGACAAGUAUAAUAAAUUCCAUGGAGGAGACACAAAGUGUUUUGUGUGCGAAAAGUAUCGAGCGCAUAUCCGAAGACAAUGUGUUACCAUUUGUAAAAAGCGUGCUUCUUAUGCCCUCGCCUCUUAUUAAAAUUAAUACUAAUUACGCGCACGAAAGAAACGAUACACAAUUAUUGCAAUUUACUCCGAGUGAAAUUGCACAUAAAUCAUUAUUUUCGAGAUAUAUGCGGUACAGUCAAAAUUACACGCCAGAUUUGAGAACAAAUCAUGAUACAAAUUUAUUUGUAUCACGUAUCAACAUCGAUAGCAGUAUGUUAUUAGACAAUAAUGAAAAACAAGGAUUGAAUAUGCGUUUCAUGACACCUAAGGUGAAACAGUUGUGUAAGAGACCAAUAGGAAAAUACGCCCGAUUAUUUGCUACAGCCACAAGUAGAAAUGUAAAAGCCAAUUGUAGCAUGAUGUCCCUGCCAUCUACCGCGCAAGCCAAUUCUUCUGUUAUUUCAAAUAUAAUAGAAGAAAGGUCCACUUUGGAUUUUAAUUUAGAUACCAUAGCAAAGGAUUUUUUCAAUUGGAGUGAAGAGUCUUUCAAAGCUUCUUCCUCCGAAAAAAUGAAAUUCACUCCGAAAAAACGAAACAUCUCACAAAUUAUAUCUCAGCAACAAGUGAAAGAUAAACUUGAUUCACUUGAGAUCAAAGUGACUAAACCUGAGUUGGAUGAAUUUACAGAGGUACAGUUUGUAAAUGAUGAGAAUAAGGGCACAGUUGUAAAACAUGAAAGCAGUUCGAGAAGGCGGUCCAUUAGCGAUUUGGUAGAACGUUAUAAAAAGUUGCUGGAAGUCAGCAAUUCCAUUACAGUAGAGUUAGAAAAUAAGUGCAUAGAACAUAAAAUUGAAUAAUAUAAAGAAAAAGAACAAAAGUACUCUUCUAUUUGUAAAUUUUUUAAAGCGGAAAUUUUAUCAAUGAUUUCUAUUAAAAAAUACUAGAUGAGAAUUUACUUGUUUAUUAGUUAUUCAUUAAAAUCCAUGAAUAACAAAUGUAAAAUUUGACAUCUAAUGUACAAUAAUGUACGAAUAUAUCAGUAUAUUUAUGCGAAAAUGCAUGAUUUGUUUCUUUUAAAAAAAUAGUUUGUACACAGAUUUAGAACAAGAUGUCAAUAAGAGACAAUAUAGAAUAUUAAUAAGCUCGUUUUCUUACAGAUCUGUGACAGACACGGAAAAUUUACAUUUAAAAAAUGAAAGAUUUUAUAUAUUAUAUAUUUAGGCGCUAAUAAUAUAAUAUUCUCCUAAAAAAGAAAGAAGUAGACACAGUUGAUACUAACAUUUUCUAUUUCGUGUAAUGAAACUUAAUAUAUAUUUCUAUAACAUAUUUAUAUAUAUUUAUAUAUUGUGUAAUUAUAGAGUCAUGAAAACAUCAUAUUAUCAUGUUAUAAACUAACAUUAUUACGAAUAAUAAUUUUGUAUAAAACUUUUAAAAAGGAUCUCUUUUGUACAAAUGAUAUACUUUUGCCUUCUUUAUCUGAUUUCUUUCGUUAUCAGUGCAGUUUAGAUAAGGAAUGGCAUUCUUAUCUUAUACAUAAAUUUAAAAACGUUUCUUAUUGUUUAUACAUUAAUUGAACGUUGUUCUUCUCGAGAUUCUCGGUAUAUCAAUUCUAGUAAACUAGUUAUAUCUUUUGGCUAUUAUAUGUCGUCCAAAAGAUAAUUAAUGUGGUAUUUCAUCAAACUAUUUCAUCAAACAACACUCUUAAAUUUAUAAUAAUACAACAGUUUAUUCACAGAUAUUACGUUUGGAGUGUUACGUACUGUAUCUACUUGUAACGUAUUUGCAAUAAUAGGUAAGAAAGAAAUGUGUACAUUAAAAAUUAGUCUUUGCAUUCCGAAUUCUAUAUGUUGCAUUAAAUGUUACAUUAUUUAGAUAUCCAAUAUCGAUCCAUAAUGUAAAAA